CUGAGAUGUGACAGUGUGAGCAGUGUGAGAGUGUCAGCAGAUGAUCAGCAGAGGAAAGUGAGAGCUGCUGUGAGCUGAUGUCCUGAAGGGCUUUUAAAGAGCCUCUGAGUUUGACAGGAACAUGAAGAUGUUUGUGGUGUUUGUGAUCCUCCUGCACGUUUCCCAGCAUGCUCUGGCUGUGGUGGUGGAGGUGAAUGAGGGGGAAAGGUCUGUCCUGCUGUCCUGUCUAUACCCAGAUUAUAUACUUGAGGACAAUUCAACAGUGAUGUGGACUCGCAGUGACCUCAAUCCCAAAUCUGUCCACAUACGACGAGAAAUAGGAGACAAUCUUAGAGGACAAAACCAGCGUUACAGCAGACGCACAUCAAUGAAUCGUUACGCUUUCAUCAUUAAAGACUUCAGCCUCACUCUGAGGAAACCCACAACGACUGACAGCGGCGACUACACCUGCUCCAUCAGUGCUGGAGGAAAAGAACGGAGACUCAGAGACAUCCAGCUGCAGGUCAAAGAACAGCAAGUGGAGGUGAAGGUGGAGAAAGGGGUACAGUCUGUCAUCCUGCCCUGCAAAACAACACCUGACCUGCCUGAGGGCACCACAGUGGAGUGGACUCGCUCUGACCUCGGACUCAUCACAGUCCAUGAGUAUUCUAACAGAAAUGAUGAGCUCAUGACUCAGGAUGAAGUUUACAGAGACCGAACGAAGAUGAAUGAAGACCUGCUGAGAACUGGAGACCUCAGUCUGACCCUGAAACAGCCCACAGUGAGAGACACAGGAGGAUACAUCUGCACCAUCUACAGGGACAAAGACAUCCUGAGACAGAAAGUUGUACUGCAGGUCAAAAAACCAUUUCCAUCCUGGUUCAAAGAUCUUCUGGUUCUCCUGUUUGUCUUUGUGAUUUUUGGAGGUCUUUUAUAUUAUUUACGUCACUAUUACAUGUCAGAUUACCAGGUGGAGGUGGAUUCAGGGGUGGAGUCUGUAAAGCUGCCCUGCAAAACUAUAUUUAAAUUCCUAAAACACACUAAAGUGGAGUGGAGGGACAGAAACAACAGGAAGGUCCACGUGUAUCACAAUGGCUCUGACCAGGUUAGAGAACAGCACCGGUUUUACAGAAACCGAACAGAGAUGAAGAGGAAUUUACUGAAACCUGGAGACCUCAGUCUGACCCUGACGUAUCCCACUGAUGAUGACAACUCCACCUACACCUGCACCGUCUACAGCAGGAAGGGAAACAUACUGGCAACGAAAAAUGUGCAGCUCCAUGUCAGAGUCCCCCAGGUGGAGGUGGAUUCAGGGGAGGCAUCUGUCCUGCUGCCCUGCAAAACUACUAUAAACCUGCCUAAAGAUGCUAAAGUGGAGUGGAUGACCAAAUUCAACAGGAAGGUCCACGUGUAUGAGACCGGAUCUGACCAGCUUGAAGAUCAGGACAACUAUUACAGAGACCGAACACUGAUGAAUAAAGACCUGCUGAAAACUGGAGACCUCAGUCUGACCCUGAAAUACCCCACAGACUGGGACACAGACAUCUACACCUGCACCGUCUACAGCAGGGAGGGAAAAAAAAUCCUGAUGAAACAAGUGGAGCUGAAAGUCAGAGUCUGUCAGGUGGAGGUGGAGGAGGGGGCGGAGUCUGUAGAGCUACCUUUCAAAACCACACAAGACCUGCCUGCAGAUGCUAAAGUGGUGUGGUGGAACAAUGAUGACAGGAAGGUCCACAUGUAUAAGAACGGCUCUGAUCAGCCUGGAGAACAGCACCAGGUUUACAGAGACCGAACAAAGAUGAAGAGAAGAUCUCUGCUGAAGUCUGGAGACCUCAGUCUGACCCUGAAACAGCCCACAGAGAGAGACAGUGGGAGGUACAGCUGUAGAGUCUACGGGGAGAUCAAGAGAUACAAAAGAGUGCUGCUCAGAGUCAAAGGGAGAGUUCAGGUCCAGUAUCACACAGCAGACAUCAGGAACAGAAGCAGCUCCAUUGAUCUGACUCCUCUGAUGACUGAUCAAUCAGUUUGAUCUGUGCGUUUGUGCAUUUUUCUAUCUUAAAUGUCCUGUAUAUUGACUGUUACCUGUAAUGCCACUUUCUGACCAACAGCUGGCACUCUUACAAAUACCAGAUCUGAUUUGACUGCAGUUAUAUCAGAGGAGGAAUGCUUGUCCAGUCACACCUGCAGUGACGUGUAACACUGAUCGCUAAUGAAUUGAUACACGUUACGUAUUAAGCAGAAUAUUGGGCAAGUAUUAAUCUGAAGAUUUAAGAACUGCUACUGGAGCUGAUGCUCAGUAAUAAAUAAAUACACACAACACAAAAUGCUUUUGCAGGUACCAUGUAUGUA